GGAGCAGAUGGCCGUCCGUCUAAGGCGAGAUGGCCGUCCGGAAGUGGCCGUUGGGGCCGGAUGACCGUCCACCUUGAGCGAGAUGGCCGUCCAGAGGUUUCUGUUGGGGGCAGACGGCCGUCCACCUUAGCCAGACGGCCGUCCAUGGGCGACCGUUAG